ACCUUCUAGAAAUAUCCUCCCACCCAAAGGAGUCAUAGCCCCCCCCGAUCGAGUUUCCCGACUCUAUUUCGCGUCCCUCUGAAAACUUCUCUCCUCGAUCGAUCGCUCCUCGAAUCUCUACAGAAUCAACAAUCAAAUCCAAUUCUUCAACUCCGAAGCUCAGAUUAGGGUUUCAAAAUGUCUGGAAAGGGAGCGAAAGGCUUGAUUACCGGGAAAUUGAACAAGGACAAGGACAAGAAGAAGCCCGUCUCUCGUUCCUCUCGCGCUGGCCUUCAGUUCCCUGUUGGCCGUGUUCACCGUCAACUCAAGACCAGAGUUGCAGCCAAUGGAAGGGUUGGAGCAACAGCAGCUGUUUACACAGCAGCUAUUUUGGAGUAUUUGACUGCCGAAGUGCUAGAGUUAGCAGGAAAUGCCAGCAAGGAUCUGAAGGUGAAGCGUAUAACUCCAAGGCAUUUACAGCUUGCUAUUCGUGGAGAUGAAGAACUUGAUACGCUGAUCAAAGGAACCAUAGCCGGUGGUGGAGUUAUCCCACACAUCCACAAGUCCUUGAUCAACAAGUCCUCGAAGGAGUAGUUAUCUGUUUAACAAUAGUGUUUGAACAUUGAUGCUUUUGAUCAGAGGGUUGCCUUAGAAUGCUGAUACUUCUCAAAACUUAAUCUCUUCCUUUAUUGUCAUUGGUUGAUGAGAAACAGUUAAAUUGAAGUAAGAUUUAGUUUUUGUAGAUGACGUGGUAGUUUUGGUAUCCUCUGAGCUUGUUCUUAAAAGUUCUUGUUCAUUAAUGAUAAAUUAUAAUUCUUGGUGUCCACUGAGUUGGCCUUUGAAAGUUCGAGUGUAUAACUGGGUGUGUAUAACUGAAGUACCAAAUAUUUUUCUUUCUUGUAAGAUUGUGGGUUUAAAGUGGAAAUCCAAAGGCAGUUGUGGUUCUCUGGAUUAGCAGAGUGUCUGUCACUAUUGGUUUAAUGCUGGCCGUUUUAUUUUGAUUGCUUUCGGACUUGGUUCAUUCCUG